AUGACAGAGAAGACAACAUUCAGCGAUGUCGACUACGCUUCGCACAAGGAGCAAAAGGAGCAAAAGGAACAGAUCUACCACGAGGAAGCCCCUGCUCGCCAGGCGUCUGUCGCCCUCAACAUUGUUGACAACCCUCUGAGACGUACUAACAAGGAACAAACCGUUCUCGAUGCUCGCACCUUCGCCGAAAGCCAUGGCAUGGCUGAAGACGCCGCUCUUUUUGGCAGAGCUGCUCUUGUCGCGCGAGACCCUGAACGUUUCGAAACAAUCCUCGACCUUACAGAGGAAGAGCGCGCAGCACUUAUCUACGAAAGAGAUCACAAAUGGCACGGACCUAAGAUGCUCUGGUACUCGAUCGGUCUGUGUGCCAUCGGUGCUGCAACACAAGGGUGGGAUCAGACUGGUUCGAACGGAGCCAACUUGUCUUUCCCUGAAGAAUUCCAUAUCGAGAAUCGCCCUUGGUUGAUUGGUCUAAUCAAUUCUGUCAUCUUCUUGACCGCUGGUCUUAUUGGUGCUUUCAUCGUUGAUCCUCUCAACAAAUACCUCGGCAGAAGAGGUGAAAUCUUCCUCACGGCUGCCUGCUUGACUGCAACUCCUAUCGGCUCCGGCUUCGCACAGUCAUGGCAAGGCCUGUUUGCAGCACGCUUUAUUAUGGGCAUUGGUAUUGGCGCGAAGAACGCCACGGUUCCUAUCUACUCGGCCGAGAUGGCUCCGGCUCGUAUUCGUGGAGCGCUUGUCAUGUUCUGGCAACUCUGGGUCGUCAUUGGUAUCUUCCUUGGCUUCUGCGCAAACGUCAUUGUCAAAGAUGUGCCUCGAAUUGCAUGGCGUCUUCAGCUUGGGUCUGCGUUUAUCCCGUCAUUUAUCCUCAUGGCCGGUAUCUUCUUCUGUCCCGAAUCACCCCGUUGGCUGAUGAAGCACGGUAAAGUCGCCCAAGGCUUCAAGUCAAUGGUCUCCCUACGCGCUCAUCCCAUCAUUGGCGCAAGAGACUACUAUUACUCCUACGUUAUUUACGAAGAGGAGCUCAAGGUUGCUAGCGGUUCGACCUACUUCACACGUAUGAGAGACUGCUUCACGGUACCUCGUAUCAGAAGAGCCAACUAUGGUGCCUCGACCGUCAUGAUCGCCCAACAGAUGUGCGGCAUCAACAUCAUCUCCUUCUACAGUUCAACCAUCUUCACAAACGCCAACUACACAUCUGACCAAGCUCUUUAUGCGUCCCUGGGCUACGGUGCCAUUCAAGUCGUUUUCACCAUCCCGACACUCUUCUUGAUUGAUACGAAGGGCCGUAGAACAUUGUGUUUGAUAACCUUCCCUCUCAUGUGUAUAUUCCUGCUAGCUGCAGGCUUAUCUCUACUCCAACCCGAAUCAGUGGGUCCGUCUGCAAGAGUUGGGCCCGUUAUCCUCUUCGUCUAUCUCUUCACCAUCUGCUACUCGCUGGGUGAAGGACCAGUCGCCUUCCAAUACUCUGCCGAGGUCUUCCCCACCAUCCAGCGUGAACAGGGAAUGGCCUGGGCCGUCUGCAUCAACAACACCUUCGCUGGUAUUCUCAGUUUGACCUUCCCUGCUAUGGUGAAAGCCAUGUCACAGACUGGUGCCUUUGCCUUCUAUGCCGGACUCAAUCUGAUCGCCUGGUUCAUGAUCUUUGCUUUCGUCCGCGAGACCAAGCAACUCACAUUGGAGGAAAUCGACCAAGUCUUCUCGGUCCCCACCAAGACUUUCCUCAACUACGAAUUGACAACUUGGUUGCCAUAUUUCCUCAAGCGUCACGUUCUGUUCCAGAAGAGCACUCCCAAGCCCCCACCAAUCAUCGAGAAGGCCAGUUGGACUGAAACCGACACCGAGACCAAGACCCUAAACGCCUAA